CCCACCACUGCUAAUUACCAGGUGAAGGUCAUUCCAUGAGCACCGAGUUGUAAACGGGUGUGUGCACAAGGGCCUCAAAGAGACAUGGCGGCUGGUUCCUGACACUCUGAUUGGACGACGGGACGGGAAAAGGAUCCCUCAAGUGUUGGUGUGUCUUCCGAGAAGGACUUUUCCAAUCAUUUAUUUUAAGGCUCAAGCUCAGGAUACAGAAGACUUAGUUUGAUUCACCGAUUUAUUGAAUAGAUCUCGGGUUUCCUGUGCCCUCUCUACGCCAUGGAUUUCCUCUUCCUCAACUCGUCGGCGCUGUUCAUCUCUCAGCGGCCCGUCAACGCCACGCCGUGGGAGCUCACGGUGUACGAGGGCUGCCACGACAUGCCAGCCGUUCUCAUCUGGUACCUGGGCCUGCAGUUCAUCAACAUGUUCCUGGGCAUCCCGGCCAACAUCAUGGUCCUGUGGCUCAUCCGCAAGAACAAGGGUGACUCGUCCACGUCGGACAUCUUCAUCCUGCACUUGGCUGUUCUGGACGUGCUCUUCUGCCUCAUCCCGCCGCUGGAGCUGGCCAACAUCGUGUUCCUCACCACCAGCAGCACCUGGUACGUAUUGCGCUUCUUCUACGGCAUGAAGGACUCGUCGCCGCUCUUCCUCUCGUGCAUCUGCUUGGACCGCUACGUGGCCGUGGUGCACCCCAUCACCUUCACCGAGCUCAAGGACCGGCAACACCGGGCCGGCCUGGCCGCGCUGGUGUGGCUCGUCACGCUGGCCUACGCCGCCGCCAAGUCCGUGGGCCACAUCGUCAACUUCGAGAAGGUCUUCACCACCAUGAUCCUGGCCGCCUUUGCCUUCAUGGUGUUCUGCAACAUCGCCAUCCUGUGGGUGCUGCGCCAGUCCGGGCCCGGCCGGGAUGAGAUGCACCCAGUGAAGAAGCGAGCCUUCAAGAUGGUGCUUAUCAUCCUCGCCAUCAUCGUCUUCAACUACUUCCCGCCGGUGGCGCUCUUCCCCUUCCAGCACUACUUCUCGCCUGACGUCUUCCGUUGUUACAUCCACUACGUCGCCUUCGGUCUGAUGGACUUCAGCAGUAGCAUCCAGCCCAUGCUCUACCUGUCUAAGGAGAAGGUGGCAUGUCCCGGCUGCUGCCAGGCCAACACCACGCACCUCCGGUAGCUUCUACAUUGUGAACGUAAUUGAGAGACACUCGCACAAUCCACUGACAUCCGAUACAAGAGCCUUGGUCUUUGAUUGUCACGUAAAAAUGAAAGAUAGCCAACUAAGCGGUGUACACUUUUUGAUUGCAUCGACAUACAAGUUUUAAUUAAACAUAUCUGUACUAUUGUGUUCGUAGCACUGCAUCUCACCAAGAGUUUGCUCUAAUAUUUUGAUUACCGCAUUUAUCGAUAUGAGAGCCCUUAGUGCGAUGUAGGGCACAAACACAUUUUUUCAAUGAACACCUCCGUAAAAGUGGCAAAUCAAAAUUGACCGUUAUCUUCUGUCUAUCUACAGCUCUUGUAUUGGAUCUCAUUAGAUGAUGCACCCGGUGUCGUAGUUGGUGAGUGUAAAAUUUCAGUCUCGCUGAGAGGUCAAAGUUACAAAACUGAUAAUGUACUAGUCAAAAUUCCAAAAGCAAUAUAUGGAGAGCGCGGGCCAAAAGUAGGUACACUGUAAACUUUUCAAAUGAAUUUAUUUAAGGAGGGAUGGAACUGUAUGAAAGGAGGGAAGGAUGGACAGAGAGAAACAAUGAUGUAUGAAAGGAAUGAAAGGAGGAAGGAUGCAAGGAUGGCAUGAAAGGAUGGAAGGAAGGAAGGAUAAUGGAUGGGAAGGCGGAAGUACAGAAGGUAAAACGGGUGGAUGGAUGUAAAGAAAUAAAGAUGUAUGGUACGUAAGGAAGGAAAUGAGGAAGGAAGGAAACAUGAAUGAUAUGAAAGGAAGAAAUGAGAGGAAGGAAGGUAACAAGGAUCUAUGAAAUGAAAGGACAUGAUAGAAAGGAGGAAGUACAGAAAGAAAUAAAAGAUGUAUGAAUAGGAGAAAGGAAGGAAGAAUAAUAGACGAGGAAGGAUGGAAAGAAACAAGGAUGUAUGAAAGGGAGAAAGGAAAGAAGGAACGAUGGAAACAAGGAUCUAGGAAUGAUGGGAAGGAAAGAAGGAUGUAUGGAAGGAGGCAUGAAUGAUAGAAGGAAACAAGGAUGUAUGAAAUGGACAGGGGUAAGGAAGGAUACAAGGA